AGAUAUGAACGAACACUGAAAAGACAUACAUUUUCUCCAACAGUUUAUUUCUUCUUCUUCUUCCACUUUCUCUCUCAAGUCUCAACUUCCUCUGUAUCUCUAUCGCAUUCGUGUCUACUAUAGCCUCUUCGAGAGUCUGUUUGGUCUAUUUCCCCCAGAAAAUUACAAAAAAACAGAGAGAUGAUGGGUUUCAUCUUCUCGAUCGAGAGAGUUGUGUAUGUUCUUCUUCUUCUUCUCAUCUUCAUUUGCUUUGGAAAUUUCGGAUCUAAUGCUCAACUUUUGCCAGAAGACGAAGUUCAAACGUUGCGAACCAUCUUUAAAGAGCUUAAAAACCAAACAGUGAACAUCGAGAGGACUUCUUGUACGGACGGAAAAUGGAACUUUAAUGGCAGCACAUCGCCCAACCCACCAACCAGUAACAUCACCUGCGACUGUACUUUCAACGCCAACUCAACCUGUCAUGUCACAAACAUACAACUCAAAAGUUUCAGCUUGGCCGGAAUAAUCCCAGCUGGGUUCGGAAACCUCACAAAGCUUCAAGAGAUAGAUCUGUCUCGUAAUUUUCUCAAUGGAACAAUACCUGCGACGUUGUCUCAAAUUCCGCUUGAAAUCUUGUCUCUAACCGGAAACCGUCUCUCUGGACCAUUCCCUCCUCAACUCGGAGAGAUCUCUACACUUGCUGAUGUGAAUUUGGAAACUAAUUUAUUCACAGGAUCACUUCCUUCAAACCUAGGGAAAUUAAGAAGCUUAAAAAGAUUGCUUCUCUCUUCAAACAACCUCACCGGUCAAAUCCCUGAGUCCUUUAGCAAUCUCAAGAACUUGACUGAGUUCCGGAUUGAUGGAAACUCUGUAUCAGGGAAGAUACCUGAUUUUAUUGGAAACUGGACUCAGCUCACUAGGUUAGACAUUCAAGGCACAUCAAUGGAAGGUCCAAUUCCAGCUUCAAUAUCAAACUUGAAGAGCUUGACUGAACUGAGGGUAACCGAUUUGCGUGGACCGCCCUCUUCUUUUCCUGACCUGCAAAAUUUGACGAAUAUGCAACGAUUAGUACUAAGAAAUUGUGGGAUAAGGGGACCUAUACCAGCAUACAUUGGUACCUCCAUGAGUAAGCUUAAGGCACUAGAUUUAAGCUCAAACAUGCUAACUGGUGCAAUUCCAGACUCAUUUAAAAAUCUUGAGGCAUUUAACUUUAUGUAUCUGAAUAAUAACUCAUUGACUGGUCCAGUUCCUCCGUUCAUCAUCAACAGUAAAGAAAACCUUGAUCUAUCUGACAACAAUUUCACUCAGCCACCUAUUUUAAGCUGUAGUCAUCUUGAUGUGAACUUGAUUUCCAGCUACCCAUCAGUAACCGAUAACUCUGUUCAAUGGUGCUUGAAAGAGGAUCUUCCAUGUCCAGGAGAUGCAGAACAGUCCUCCCUGUUCAUUAAUUGUGGAGGAAGCAAAGUCAAGAUUAGAAAAGACACAUAUACGGAGGACUUGAACUUUAGAGGACAAUCAACAUUCUCUUCUGUCUCAGAAAAAUGGGGAUACAGCAGUUCUGGACUUUGGGUAGGCAAAGAGGAUGCUCCCUACUUGGCAGAAGACAGAUUUAACAUGAUCAAUGAAUCAACUCCAGAGUACUACAAAACAGCUCGUCUCUCUCCACAGUCACUCAAGUACUAUGGUCUAUGCAUGAGAAAAGGAAGUUAUAAAUUGCAGCUCCAUUUUGCCGAGAUUAUGUUCUCAAAUGACCAGACUUUUAAUAGCUUAGGACGGCGAAUAUUCGACAUUUAUGUCCAAGGAAAUUUGUUAGAGAGGGACUUUAACAUAGCAGAGAGAGCAGGUGGAGUUGGUAAACCGUUCACACGACAAAUUAAUGAAGUUCAAGUGAAUGGAAGUACGUUAGAGAUUCAUUUGCAAUGGACAGGAAAAGGCACAACCAUGAUACCAACACGACCUGUCUAUGGGCCUCUCAUAUCCGCUAUAACGAUUACACCAAAUUUCAAGGUUGAUACCGGGAAAGAAUUGUCCAAUGGAGCAGUUGCAGGCAUUGUAAUUGCAGUGUGCGCGGUUUUCGGGUUGCUGGUACUUCUAAUCCUCAGGCUUACAGGUUACUUAGGUGGAAAAGAAGUGGAUGAAAAUGAAGAGCUUCGCGGACUUGAUUUGCAGACAGGAUCAUUCACAUUGAAACAAAUCAAACGUGCCACUAAUAACUUUGAUCCAGAAAACAAGAUUGGUGAAGGAGGAUUUGGACCAGUUUAUAAGGGUGUUCUCGCUGAUGGAAUGACCAUAGCGGUGAAGCAGCUUUCAUCAAAAUCUAAGCAAGGAAACAGAGAAUUUGUGACUGAGAUCGGGAUGAUCUCUGCGUUGCAACACCCAAAUCUUGUGAAACUUUAUGGUUGCUGCAUUGAGGGGAAAGAGCUUUUGCUUGUGUAUGAGUACUUAGAGAACAAUAGUCUCGCUCGCGCACUCUUUGGUACGGAGAAACAGAAACUUCACUUGGAUUGGCCAACAAGGAAUAAGAUAUGCAUAGGGAUUGCAAAAGGAUUGGCUUAUCUUCACGAGGAAUCAAGGCUGAAGAUUGUUCAUAGAGACAUAAAAGCGACGAAUGUGCUUCUUGAUCUGUCUCUAAAUGCUAAGAUCUCUGAUUUUGGUCUAGCUAAACUCGACGAAGAUGAGAAUACACAUAUCAGCACAAGGAUUGCAGGAACAAUAGGUUACAUGGCUCCUGAGUAUGCAAUGAGAGGUUACUUAACAGACAAAGCAGAUGUUUACAGUUUCGGUGUUGUCUGCUUAGAGAUUGUUAGCGGAAAGAGCAACACAAACUACAGACCAAAAGAAGAGUUUGUUUACCUUCUUGAUUGGGCAUAUGUCUUGCAAGAACAGGGGAGUCUUCUAGAACUCGUGGAUCCAGAUCUCGGUACAAGCUUUUCGAAGAAAGAAGCAAUGAGGAUGUUGAACAUAGCUUUACUAUGCACAAACCCAUCACCAACAUUGAGACCACCAAUGUCAUCUGUUGUAAAAAUGCUAGAAGGAAAAAUCAAAGUCCAACCACCACUGGUGAAACGUGAAGCAGACCCAAGUGGUUCGGCUGCAAUGAGGUUUAAGGCCUUUGAGCUUUUGUCACAAGACAGCGAGUCGUCACAGGUCUCAACAUAUGCAAGAAACGGUCAACAACACAUAAGCUCCUCGUCGAUGGACGGUCCUUGGGUUGAUUCUUCCUUCUCUGAGCCUAGCAAAGAUGCUGUUAACCAACAACAGCAAGAAGAAGCACGUUCAUCGUCUUCGUCGAGGAAACUUUUAGAUGAUCUCACCGAUGUGAAGAUUGAGUAAUGAAUAAAAAUGUAAAUCAUUAAAGAUUCUUUUAUUCAAUUUACGGAUCAGCAACAAUAUUCCAUCCAGUAAGAAAUUAUUUUCAGGUUUUGUUAUUACCGCUGUAAGUUUUCUUUGGUUUGAUGAGUUUGAUUUAUUAUGUUGUAGUGUAAUUAUGAGUUAAAUAAGCUGAGUUAUUUAUGAGUUAAGUAAGAGCA